AUGUCGGGCAUAACUUCCAAGAAGCUUCGCACGCGAGGCGACUAUCGCUUUCAUCUCGAGUACAGAACACGAUGGCGCAUAACAUACAGGUCAGAUAAUGACAUGUACGGCCACCUCAACAACAGCAUCUAUGCAUUCCUCAUCGACUCAAUAAUCAACCACUAUCUCAUCACACACUGUGGCAUUGAUCCCAGCUCUUCUUCGUCUGGCGGAAGUAGCAACAACAAGCACAACCAGAUUGGUCUCGUGGUUUCGUCGUAUUGCGACUAUUUUGCGUCAGUUGGUUAUCCCGAUGUUCUCGAACUGGGUCUGAGGGUGGUCAAGCUCGGAUCGUCGAGUGUGAUGUACGAGGUGGGAGUGUUUAAACAAAGCGAGGAUGCGGUCAAAGCAGUGGGUGGUUUCACGCACGUUUUUGUUGAGCGAGACACGAUGAAGCCACGAGGCGGAAUGGCUACUGACAUUAGAGAGGGACUGGAGAAGCUACGUGUUGGAGUGUCUCCCAAGUUGUAG